ACUCAUUACUGCAUAAUUGAUUCUCCAAAAAAUAUGGCUAUGCGCAUUCACAGUCUUCCAUGCAAUAUACAAAGUUUCACUGCAACAAUUGCUAGUUUAAGCAUUAUGAUAUUUAUAUCUUUUAUCAGCUCCGUUCAUGGCCGAAUUCUGAGAAUCAAUUCCUCUGAUGAUUUAAUCUCAGAUGGAAUUGAUCAUGUUCAUGAUAAAUCUCAAACUCUUACUGCAAAUGAUGUUCCUGUGUCCGUAAGCACUUGUCAGCACACAUAUGGCUUCCUACCAUGUGCAGAAAAUUCUGGAGGAUACAUUUUCCAAAUACUGGUUUAUCAGGGUCUACUAGUAUUUGGAGGAAUGCAGCUGAGCAUUGGGAGCAAGGUGUUCUUUAAAAUCCUUGAAAUAAAAUUUCACACAAGCAAAUAUGUUGGUAUCAUUUUCCGCAUCCUUAUGGGGCUACCAUCAAUGAUGAUGAUGAUCAUAUCUGGAGUUUUCGGUAGCAAAGAGACAGCUCAGUCUCUGGUGUCACUUGGAGUGGGUAUCUUUGCUGGAAUCACUGUCUUUACUCUCACGCUGCAGUGGGGUAUAUGUCUGAUAUAUGGCGCGAAAUAUUUGAAACGUAAACAGGAGUCUACGGAUUCACGAUCUGUACAUACAUGUUUCUUGCGAGUCGAAGAAAAAUUCAAUGAAUUAAAAGAUAGCAGUGUUGAACUCCAAAGUGAAACUUGUAAUGUAGCUGGGGUUAUGCUUCUUUCUUUGAUUCCUUACAUUAUUCUGCAACUAGUUGAUAUCUUCAGUGCAUCCCACACUGUGCUUUUGAUAGCGUGCAUAGUGUCUGCCGCAUUUUUACUUUCAUAUUUUAUCUAUCAGAUUUGUGAUCCCUGGAUGCAGCUAUUAAUUUCAGACUACUUGCAGUAUGAGUUUGUAACAAAAGUGCUUUUGCGUCAUGUGGAAAAGGAGGGAAAUAUUGUUCAAGAGAACGGAAAACUUAACUAUGCUCUCAUCAAAAAGGUAUUUGAUAAAACAGAUAAAGAUAAAGACGAGCACAUAACAAAAACUGAAUUGGAAGAGUUGUUGGAAGGACUCGAGCCAGGGAUGUCCCACAGUGAUGUACAAUCAGCUGUUCAUAAGACAAUUGAAAAUUUUGAUCACGACAAGGACGGCAAAAUCAACCUAAAUGAAUUCACCAAAGCGUGUGAAUUCUUAUCUAAAGAUGGUGAUUUCUUUUCAAGAGAAUUUUCGGACGAGAUCUUUCAACAGUUUUACCUGAUGGGAAAACAUCAUAAACUGGGAAUUCAUCCAAUAAUGUCAAAAUUUCUAGUGCACGCUCAAAGCAAACUACCUGACGGAGAAUCGCUUAUCGGAGAAGAUGGAAAGGCCAACAUUGAGACAAUUAAGAACCUCUUUGGACAAUAUGCCAUUCAUGAUAACAAUGAGAUAUCAAUAUAUGAAUUAAAUGAAAUAAUCAGACCAGUCAAAUUCGGAAAAUUGAAGCCGAAGCCGAAACCUGACGAUGUGGUUGGAACGAUUGUUUACCAUUUCGAUUAUAAAGGUGAUGGUAAAAUAGAUAAAGAAGAAUUUGUCCAUGGAAUAAAGAAAUGGGUGGAUGAAGCCUUUAAAAUUGCCAAAUGCCUUGACAAGAAUGAAAGCUUGAAAGAAUUUGACAGGAUAGUAUGGGAGAAGCUCAAUCAGCGACACACUUUCUGGAAUUUUGUAAAAUCUGUCUCUAGAAUAGUUUUGGGUAUUGUUAUAAUGACCUUCGUUGGAGGACCUCUCACGACUAGUAUCCUACAGUUAUCAUAUGCCAUAGGGGUGCCUUCUUUCUCCAUCUCAUUUGUGAUAGUGCCAUUGGCAAUGAAUACAAGAACCUUAAUAGAAGCUAUCUUUCCAGUUAGUAAAAAGACUCAGAAAACGGCAUCUUUAAUUUUCUCCGAGAUUUAUAAUAGCGUUGCAAUGAACAACAUCUCGAAUUUGACAAUUCUGUUAGCAGUUGUAUAUGUGAAGGACUUGCCAUGGGAUUAUUCAGCAGAAGUGCUAACUAUUUUGGUUGUCUGUGCCAUAGUAGGGAUUUUGGGAUACUCAACUACAAAAUAUCCUUUCUGGACUUGCUUAUUAGCAUUUUUUCUCUAUCCAUUUUCCUUGGCGCUGUACUGUUUUGUCGAACUUGUUCUUCACUGGAACUAAACAGAUCAUGUAUCUCAGGUUUCUUAGCCUCUUCCGUCCAAAUAAACAUGUUGUGCUAUCUCAUUAGGAAAGUAAUAAAAGUGAUAUUAUUGCCUA